AUGAAGAAUUCACCACCCGCCCAGCGACUGUGGCGAAGGACGGGGCUGAAGCCCCCUGCCCCGGUGGCCCUCAGCAUGCUGCUGGCCCUGCCCAUCAUCUGGUGGGCGCCCGACCUCCAGCACCUCACGGAUGCCAACAAUGACCAGAACUCCUGUGCCCUGGGGUGGCUGCAGUACCAGGAGAUGCUGCAGCCCUGUGGACUGAUGCCAGCAGCUGGGGACGGUCCCUGCUCCAGCAUCCCACGCGGCGAGUGGAGCCGCCUGGCCCUCUUUGACUUUCUCCUCCAGGUUCAUGACCGCCUGGACCGCUACUGCUGCGGGUUUCAGCCCGAUCCCUCCGAGCCCUGCGUGGAGGAAAGGCUCCAUGAGAAGUGCCGAAACCCGUCAGAGCUGGUCCUGGUCCACAUCCUGGUCCGGAGGAGCGCGCCAUCCCGCCUGGUGUUCAUCGACAACGCGGGCAGGCCACAGCACCCUGAGGAGAAGCUCAACUUCAGGCUCCUGCAAGGCAUAGACAGCUUCCCGGCGGCGGCGGUGGCCACGCUGCGCUCGGGCAGGUUGCAGAGCCUGAUGCUGGCGUCGCUGCGCGUGGACCGGGAGCUCUGGGAGAGCCAGGGCGGCGCCGAGGGCCUGAGACCCCUGCUGCGGACCAUCGACAGGCGGGCAGGCAUCCUGCUGCGCUACAUCCAGGAGCACAACCUGACGGUGUUCGGGGACUCGCCCUGCUGA